AUGAAGAUUACUUGCGUCAUCGCGCUAGCCGCAGCGGUUGUUGCUUCGAUCACUGGGCCUGCAGAUGCAUCGUGGGGCUUGACGAUGCAAGAGAAGAGCAACCAUGUGCAGUUUGGGCGUCGGCUUGGCGCUGGCAGUCUUCGCGGAUCUGAAGAGCAGCAGAACUCACCCACGCAAACGGGGGCCAGUCAGACCCAGGAGAGUAGCAGCUCGGGCAAGAGCAAGGAAGUGGGCGAGAAAAAGGAUGAUGACAAGCAGAAGGAUGGCAGCGAUGAUGAUGACAAGCAAAAGGAUGGCGGUGAUGAUGAUGACAAGAAGAAGGAUGGCGAUGAUGAUGAUGACAAGAAGAAGGAUGGCGAUGAUGACAAGCAGAAGGACAGUGGUGACGAUGAUAUGACAACGAUAAAAAAGACCGAAAGGAGGAGAAGAGUGAAGAUGAUGGCAACACUGACGAAGAUGAAAAGCAGGACGACGGGAACACUGAAGAAGAUGAAAAGAAAGACGAUGAUGGAAAGCAGGGGGGAGAUGGCGAUAAGGGCGAUGACAAGGGCGACGACAAGGACAGUGACAAGGGCAACGACAAAGGCAACGACAAGGGCGACGAUAAGGGUAACGAUAAGGGAUGUGAAAAGCAGGAAGGCGACGAGAGCAAGAAGAGCGAGGAGAAGCAAGGAGAAAGUGGCAAAAAGAAGGAGGGUGGCCAAAACAAGGGCAGUGACGAGAAGCAGAGCGGUGGAGGGCAAGAUCAGCCUCAGCAACAGGCGUAAUUGCGUGUUAGUGGAAGCCUUGAGAAGCAGUUGGGGUACUAAUUGUAGUGAUUGUUUGACGACGACAAGCAAAUGCAAAGGAACAUUUGUGCUGUUAAGUUCUUGUUCCUCUUCUGUGGUCCACCUCGCCACAUAG